UCUUAUAGUGCAGGACUACAAUGUGCCAUGUUGAGUAAAUUGUUGGCGAUUAAACCGUCACAAACAUAUAACACAAACAGUUAGAUGUUAACGAUAACGUGCUGUUUAAUAUGUUUGUAGUUUUAGACUGUUUAUGCUUUGUCUUCUGAGUGGAAAGUGAAAGCGAAAGGGGCGGAGUUUGGGGAGUGAAGGCGCUCGCAGGGGUUUUCUCACUGUGUCUUGGUGCAUACAGCUUUGAGUUACAUUCUCUCUUCAUUUUCCCUUUCCAAACCUACAAAUAAAGCUAGCGAUGUGCACCAUGUCGCCGACAAUCACAGCGAGCAGAGAGCGAGAACAUGAACACCAAACAGUCUUGGACGUGUCUUUAUUUACUGCUGUUUUUCAGCGUGCAGGAGCGGAGCAGUGCCUGCAAAUGGAUGACCGGUCAGUACAGAGUGAAGAACGACUGGUGUCUGUCACUCCUGAAGGAAAUGGGUGGAGAGAUUAUUACAAAUAAUCACCAACCAUUUCCAGACCAGGCAUACAUUGAGAUCAGAAAGGCCAAGACAGAAGACCAGAUUAGGUUUCUGGCUGAGGCCACAGAGCAGAUCGUCAGUCUCUUCAACAUUCUGUCUGAUUUAGAUGAAGUUAAACAGCAAAAAUGGGACAGCAAGAAACUGUAUACUUUCCUAAACAUCCUCAAUUACCGGCAAUUAAAAGAGCUUGAAGAAUGUACAGCAGAAUAUGGUGCAAGAGUUGGACGUUCCUCCAGUGAGCGAAAAGUGAGGAGACAUUUCAAGAAGUUGAAGAAAAUUCUGAAAAAAGCUAACUACAGCGCACACUCUUUGGAGCUAAUCAGGAAUGUGGUGAUGCAUCACCUUAUGAGGAUGGACAUCGUUGCUGCCAGUGUCAACGGGAAACUAAUAAAAAAGACCAAUUAAAAAAAUGGAUUGUAAUAAGAUUGUAAGAAGAUUGAUUAAAGAAGAGCAUGUAUUACUGUUCUUUAAUAAUUGGACCAAAUAUGAGACAGCCAGGCUUGCUGAGUCUCAGGCUUCGCAGUUUCAAAAUCUCAGCCAUCAGUUAAAAUGAUGUAUCUUUUUUAUUUAAAUUUUAUUUAACUAUUUAUGAAAUUAUUUAUUUAUUUAUUUAUUAUAUAAAAAUCUAUUUAUUGGUUUAUUUAUGAGCAGAGUUUGAUGAUGAAACAUUGAUUCAUUGUGCAGUGUUAAUUGUCUAGGGUUUGUUUUGAUUGUCAAUGUCUGUGAUACCAAAAACAAACAAACAAAAAUGUAUCAUAUUGAUAAAUGAAUAAAAAAAUGAACUACAAAA